AUGAGGUCGCUACAAAUAGUUUUAGUGUUGGUUUUCGCGCUGUGCGCGUCCACGGCCACGGCCAAAUUCAAUUUGGAUAAACUGCGAGCGGACUUCUUCAAUGCGACCGGUUCCAAGGGCAGCCUUUAUGUGCAAAGUUUAAAAUAUUUGCAACGUGAGCCGCCCGUAGGUGGGGCGCUCAACCGCGAAGCUAGCCCUCGAGCCUUGAGCACCAACACGAUCGAACAGAAAUUGGAUCAUUUCGAUGAGACCAACGAAAAGACAUGGCAAAUGCGUUAUAUGGAGAACGAUGAAUACUUUACGGAGGGUGGACCGAUAUUCAUUUACGUCGGCGGCGAAUGGACCAUAUCAUCGGGCUCCAUAACACGUGGUCACUUUGUCGACAUGGCAAAGGAGCAUAACGGCAUACUUUUCUAUACUGAGCACCGUUACUACGGCACAAGUCGUCCAACAAGUGACAUCACGGUCGAUAACUUGAAGUAUUUGCACGUCAAGCAGGCGCUCGCCGAUUUGGCACACUUCAUUACAUAUCAACGUGAGAACUAUCCGGGUUUGGCGAAUUCAAAGGUCAUAAUGGCUGGCGGCUCAUAUGCAGCGACCAUGGUUGUGUGGUUCAAGCGCCUGUAUCCAGAGCUCUUAACCGGUGGCUGGGCUUCGAGCGCGCCACUUUUGGCUCAGGUAGACUUCAAAGAGUACAAAGAGGUCGUCGGUCGGGCACUACGCGAAUUGGGUAGCGAGCAGUGCUACAAUCGUGUGCAGAAUGGCACAAAAACUUUGGAGACCAUGAUACAGGAUGGUCGCGCUGCCGAGGUAAAGGCCAUGAUGAAGAUUUGCAACAAUUUCGACGAACAUAACGAUUUGGAUGUGUGGACGCUAUUUUCAAGCAUAUCGAAUCUCUUCUCUGGAAUCGUACAAUACCAGACCGACGACGAUGUGCCGGUUCUUUGUGACUAUUUGCUUGCUCAGGAGGAUGAUGUGGUAGCCAUAGCGAAAUUUCUUUUGUUAUAUGUCGGCUCAGGCUGUGUUGACCUCAGCUAUAAGGACACGCUGACCUAUUACAUGGACUCCACUUAUGCACAAGGAGCAAGCCGUCCCUGGUACUAUCAGACCUGCAAUGAAUACGGUUGGUAUCAAUCGUCCACUUCACUUGAGCAACCCUUCGGCACCAAAUUCCCCCCACUACUCUCGACCACACUGUGCAAAGACGUGUUCGGCGAUGAAUACACCAACGAAAAUAUCAACGCCAAAGUUGCGCAGACCAAUGUGGAUUUCGGCGGCUAUGCACCGGAUGUGACAAAUAUUUAUCAGACACACGGCGAACUCGACCCAUGGAGUGCCGUCGGCCAUACAGCCGAGUAUGGCGCCACCAUCUUACCACAAGCAUCGCAUUGCACCGAUUUCAGUUCGAUUAGCAGCGCCGACACAGCAGAGAUGCGUGCCUCAAAGGAGAAGCUAGCCGAGUUGGUGGGUCAAUGGUUGGCCGACGCGUAGAAAUGCCUACGAAUGCCAAACGGCAAUCAAUAGCAAUAACACAUAUUUAAUUCUGAAACAUUAUUGUGACAAUAUUUUGACUUUCU